AUGAACACCCGAACCGCGCUGGAGCUCAAUUGUGCUCCCCGGAUAACGCCGACACCGGGACGCUUCCAGAUGGGACGGGCAGCAAUUCUGUACGUCAAUGAAAUCAUCUAUCCGAUCCUGGCGGCGUUCGGUAUCCCUGCGAACGUGCUGACGGCUGUAAUCCUACACCGAGGAAAGUGCGGGCUCUCCAGAGGAAUCACCCGUUACAUGGUGGCGAUGGCAAUCUCCGACCUUCUUGUUAUAAUCUUACACGUGUUACUCCGGGAAAUCUACAUUUACUACGUCUCUAACUCGUUCCUCUCCCUCAGCGCAGUUUGUCCUUCUAAUGUUUACCUGCGGAUCGUCACCGUGGACUAUUCCGUCUGGUUAACCGUGUCCUUCACCUUUGACCGUUUUGUCAGCAUUUGCUGCCCAAAGCUGAGACUCAUCUAUUGCACGGAUAGGACGGCCGCCGUGGUCAUUGUGUCCAUGUGCGCACUGUGCUGCAUAAAGUACAUCCCCUUUAACUUCAUGUACGAGUCACGCUUCACUGUGAACAGCGUCAAGUGGGGGUGCCGGCCUAAACCAGCCUACUUCACCUCCGUCUGGUGGGUGGCUUUCUCGUGGAUGUGUAGUAUCUCUCUCUCCUUUCUCCCCUUCCUUCUGGUUCUAUUGUUUAACGGACUGACGGUCAGGAACAUCGUUGCGGCCAGCAGAGUCCGCCGGCGCCUGAAGGCACUGGAUGGCAAGGACGUUGAGACAGAGAAUCGGACAAAGUCCAUAGUGUUGCUGUUCACGGUGUCCGGCACCUACAUACUGCUGUGGACAACGGCAACUGUCACCUACAUUUCCACUCGUGUCACUGUGAAUUUCGUGGGCGGGGAUCACACAAGCCCCUCCUACAUCGCCAAUGACGUGGGCGUCUUGCUCAUGCGCAUCAGCUCGUGUGCCAACACUUGCAUCUAUGGGAUGACCCAGAGUAGGUUCAGACAGGAAGUGAAAAACGCGGUUAAAUACUUAACUGGGGUUGUUAGUAAACCUAUGGCACUAGUGCGGCAGUGGGCUGGAACCAGAGUUGAGAUGUGA